CGGGGAAGAGGCGGGGACUCCCGGUUAAAAAGCUGCAGACGCGUGCACCGGGCGGGCGGGCAGCAGCGGAGGACUGGCCUCUUCCUCAGAGUCGGGAUCAGUAUUGGACCCCGCCCCCGGAUCCUGGAAGGACCCACAACAGCUCCGGGAAUUCUGCUCUUUCCUCAGCCCCGAACCCGGAGCAAGAAGUCCCGAAACCCCUUCCGACUCCGCCCCACCCUCUCCAGCCCUGGACCCCACCAUGGGACGUCCCUUGCCCUGUGCAGGCCUGAUGUGGGCGGUCCUGCUCCUGCUGCUGGCCUCCUGGGCAGGGCGCACCGAGGCGCAGGAGAGCAAGGUCCUGCAGGGCCAUGAGUGUGAGGCUCACUCCCAGCCCUGGCAGACGGCCUUGUUCCAGGGUCAGCGACUGCUCUGCGGGGGUGUCCUAGUAGAUCCCAUGUGGGUUCUCUCUGCAGCCCACUGUAAAAAAAUAAAGUACACAGUGCGGCUGGGAGAUCACAGCCUGCUGAGUAAACCAGAUCAAGAGAUUUCUGUGGCUCGGUCCAUCCAGCACCCCUGCUUCAACCACAGCAAUAAUGAGGACCACAGUCACGACCUGAUGCUCAUUCGACUAAGCAAGCAGGCGGCCCUGGGACCCAAAGUGAAGCCCAUCAACCUGGCGAAGCAAUGCGCCAGAGUAGGCCAGAAGUGUACCAUAUCGGGCUGGGGCACCGUCACCAGCCCCAGAGAGAACUUCCCGGACACCCUCAACUGCGCAGAGGUGGAGAUCUUCUCCCAGAAGAAGUGUGAGGAGGCCUACCCGGGCAAGGUUAACGACGGCAUGAUCUGUGCAGGCAACAGCAACGGGGCCGACACCUGCCAGGGCGAUUCUGGAGGUCCACUGGUGUGUGGUGGAGUCCUCCAGGGCAUCACAUCCUGGGGCUCAGACCCCUGCGGGCGGCCCAAGAAGCCUGGUGUCUAUACCAACAUCUGCCGCUACCUCAACUGGAUCAAGAAGACCAUGGGCAACAGGAGCUGAUUGCGAAAAGUCCGCGGGUCUCUCAAUAAACAGCCCCCCUGCUGC